AUGACGCCCCGUCCCAAUGCAGCACCGCAGCUGCUCCAGCGGCUUCGCGGUGCCAAUCCCGCCGUAGCACUUCAUUCUCGUGGCCUGCGACCGACCGCAUCUGCACCAGCACCCGACGCACCUCGACGGAUAGCUCCCCGAGUGCUGCAACCGCUCCCUUCCCGGUCCUUCACCUCAUCCCCAGACUCGGCCUCUUCCUCCCCCGCGUCGUCGGCCUCGUCCUCGGCCUCGCCUUCGUCCUCCGCGGACGCCGCCUUCACCACCGUCUCCCCCGAUGAGGUCUCCCACUUCAAUGCCCUCGCCUCCUCCUGGUGGGAUCCCCACGGCCCCUCGCGCAUCCUCCACCUCAUGAACCCUCUGCGCCACGACUUCAUCCGCUCCUGUCGCUCCUCCGUCCUCGACGCCACCCCGCCGUCCACCUCCGGGCUCACGUACCUCGAUAUAGGCUGCGGCGGCGGCAUCUUUGCCGAGUCGGCCGCCCGUCUGCCGGGCACCAAGCAUGUCAAGGCCAUAGACCCCACCCCGGGCGUACUGGCUGUCGCCAAGGCACACGCGCGACGGGACCCUGGGGUUCAGGGCAAGCUCGAGUACCUCAACACCUCCAUUGAGAAGCUGCCCGUGCCCGAGGCCCCGGAGAACAAGUUCGACGUGGUCUCCGUGUUCGAGGUCCUGGAGCACGUGAGCAACCCGGCCGAGUUCCUCGACCGGUGCACGCCGUUUGUGAGGCCCGGCGGCUGGCUGGUCAUGAGCACCAUCGCCCGCACCUGGAUGAGCUGGUUCACGACCAACCUGAUGGCCGAGGACGUGCUCAGGAUCGUGCCGAGGGGCACUCACGACUGGAACAAGUACGUGAACGAGGACGAGCUGAGGGGGCACUUUCUCGGCAAGAGGACGGGCUGGACCGACGCGAGGUGCAUGGGCGUCAUCUACGUGCCCGGCAUCGGCUGGAGGGAGGUCCAAGGCAGUGAAAAGGUUGGAAAUUACUUCUUUGCCGUUAGGAGAGCUGCAUAA